CUGCAGAGUAAACAGGGUCCGCACAUAGCACUGCAUCCAUUCAGAGACACAUUUAAUCCAACACAAAGAUUUCAUGCUUUUAGUGGCUUUGUGUUCUGCCUGACCAGGCUAGAGCAGGACACACCAGAAAUAUUUAUAUUCAGAUCACAAGGGGUGGAGCAUUUUUGCGGAAUGAAUCAGUCCCCUAAUGACGCUGCAAACACGUGUGCUGUUCUCAGUUAAGACGACUUGGUUUCUGGACACCUGAUUCUGGGAUAUGCACCGUUAAAACCGUGAUGGAUCUAGUACAUGUAAACAGGAAUGUUCACAGGGAUUUUCAAGAAGUCAUUAAAGCAGACCAGCAGAGUUUAAAGGCACGGGAGCAUUGCUAUCAGGACGAGCCCGUCCCGUCCCAGGGGACGAAGCAAAGGAGGGGCUAGAGGACUCUGUCCUGCAGAUAGGGGAGUGACUGCGCCUGAAGAUCAUCCAUUUCCUGCUUAUUUCCAACAUAAGCCUUAAAAACACACAUUUUAAUUCAGAUGUGGUUGGCCAUAAACCUGCUCACAUAAAAAAAUGACAAAAAUGACAUCAAAAAUGGCCCCAGCUCACAUUGUUCCAUUCAUACUGCAAGCCAUGAUCUAGCAUUAGAUCCAUCCCAAAACAGCUCCAGAUCCACUGUCUGGCUUUAGAACCAACCAAAAACAGCUUCCACAGACAGAAGAAAUCCAGACCAAGGUUUGUGGUUAUGACUGGCUUUUUGACUGUCUUUUAGCCUUGAAAGUUCACAGUUUCCAGGUGCAGUAACUUGGUGGUUUGUGUGUUUGCUUGUGGUACGCAGUGCUGCGUUAGCCUGACUGCAGUAGGUUGCAGUAGGAGUUUCCCCCGCAGUCUCCUGCACGUCCUAAUGAAUCAGAACCAGAGCUGAGGUCGGCUGGAGAAGCAGGGCGGAGAUGCAGCUGGCCGGGCGGCUCGGCCGGGUGGUGCUGACCUGCGUGAUCUGGACGGCGGUCCCCGUCCUCCUCUGGUCCGACUUUAAGCUGGCGUACGUGACGGAGCACAGCCUGUACAUGUGCUCGUGCGCGCACGGCCUCAUCCCCUGCGGCGUCAUCAACUCCAGCCAGUGCAGCUGCAAGGACCGCCCCUUAUCCGCGCUGCGCCACGGCGACGGCUCCGGCCCAGUGCGCGCCAAGCGCCUGACGGUCUGGUACACGUCCCCGCUCAACGUCGCCCUCCUGCUCAACAACUCGGAGGUGCGCCACCUGUCCCUGGUCAGGUGCAAGGCCCCGGGCGGCCGGGGGGGCUCCUACCAGUACUUCUCCGUGCAGCAGCUGGAGAGGCUGACCGUGUCCCACUGGCAGGCGGAGCUGGGCCACAGCAUGGAGCUGGGGAAGGACCUGGGGCCCCACACCGAGGAGGCACGGGUGGCCAUUAUCCACACCUCCGUCCUCACAGGGAAGGCCGCCCUGAAAGCCUACACUGUGCGGGCCACAGUGGACGCCGACGGGCUGCUCCCUUUCCCCGAUAUGUGCAUGUCUCCGGCCGGGCUGCCGGCCACCGCCGUCAUGUUCGUGACCUUCCUGUACUGAGACCGGUCUGCUUCAGGCUGACAGACACGUCUUAUUCACGCUGGUCUCCUGGACUCCUGCUUGGCAAGAACUACGGUCGCCCUGGAAACAAACCCAGAAUUUCACAUGGGAAGUUUUUUGCCUUAAUUGUAACUGUCAGAAGCUUUGUUCUGGGCUGUAAUAAAUUUUAUUAAAUUUUGCUUUGAACUAUGGAACCAUUUCCAGUAAUUACCAAAAACAUAAUGAAGUCGUUUCAUAACUAUUAGCAAUUUUAUUCUUUAAUAAGAUUAUAUUAAUAAGAUUAUGGUCUACAAGUACACUGGUGUAAUUUUGCUUGGUACAGUACUACAUAUAUUGAUGUGAUUUUAUGCUACAAUAUAAACUCUAAGAAAAACAAAUUGUUCAUUCAAUACCAUGAUUUCGAGGUUCAGAAUGUGGUGGUUUUGCUUUUCUUUAAUUUCUAGAAAAAUACAUAAAACACCUCUAAGACCUGAGAAACCAGAUUGCCUGUUUUAUCUGUUUUAUGAAAAUAGAGAGAGGAAAUUACAGCUAGAUUUAUAUGGUUCAUAAAUAAAGAGGAAAUAUGAGGGACGUGUUAACUGACUGAAUGUGUGUCACCAUUAACCACAUUCUAAUGUAACCCCUGACUUCACUGAAUGUUAACUGACUGAAUGCGUGUCACCAUUAACCACAGUCUAAUGUAAUUCCUGACCUCUCUGAAUGUUAACUGGCCGCAUGUGUCACCAUUAACCACAUUCCAAUGUAACCCCUGACCUCUCUGAAUGUUUAUCUGACUGAAUAUGUGUCACCAUUAAACACAUUCUAAUGUAACCCCUGACCUCUCUGAAUGCUAACUGACUGAAUGUGUAUCAUUAAUAAUCACAUUCUAAUGUAACCCCUGGCUUCUCUGAAUGCUAACUGACUGAAUGUGUAUCAUUAUUAAUCACAUUCUAAUGUAACCCCUUAUCUCUCUGAAUGUUAACUGACUGAAUGUGUAUCGUUAUUAAUCACAUUCUAAUGUAACCCCUGACCUCUCCGAAUGUUAACUGAAUGUGUAUCAUUACUAAACACAUUUUAAUGUUACCAUCAGUAUACCGAUUUCCUGAGAAAAUAAUGACAACAGACAAAAUUGAUUUUGUGAAGCGAAAUACUGCUCCAACACAGUACUACUGUGAUUAUGUAGAAAAAUAUUUAAUUUUAUAUCCAUAUUCUUGUGUCUGUUGAUUAAUUUAGGUUAGUGUAAUGUCACUGCUAUAUACAUUAAGCAGCCUGUAUGAAAAUAUAUCAUUUCCAUCUGUGCAAUGAUGUGUAUUUUUCAAUGUUCCUUCAAAUCAUGUCAAAUAAACAGCAUCUUAAUUCUG